ACUUCCUGGGGCCGGGCGGGGCGGGGCGGGCCCGGGCGGCCGCCCUAGCGCUCUGGCUCCGGGUGGUUCUGCUCUACUGCCGGCCACGUCCCCACGCCGGACCGCGGGCGCCUCACGCCGUCCGAGGGCCGCCCGGCCGCUGCAGGCCUGCCGCGCCCGGAUGCGACAGUUACCAGAGCGGAGCAUCUGCCCGUGUCCCGCAUGUCCCACGAAGCAUGCCGCGGCCCAGAGCGGUCCUCGCAGCUGCGCUCACCUCCUGCAGAGCCACACCUCGCCUGGCAAGCACACCGUGCCGAGCCCGGGAGCGCGCCCUGAGCGCCUGCCUGUGAUCCCUCGGCCACGUAGCCGGCAUCGUUAGCAGCCUGAGCGGCGGCUGGGAGCCCCGGGGACUGCCCAGCCUUGCUCCCGGCUCACCCACAAGAUGUGGACAGCCCUGGUGCUCGCUUGCAUUUCCUCCUUAUCCUUCUCUGAGAGCCGAGUGGCGCCCCGGGAUCCAGGGACCUUCGUCUCCAACCAGACGCAGGCUGAUUUAGUCACAAAAAGCACAUCCAGGGAAACGACUCACAGCAUCUUUAACAGAACCUCGGAGGGCGCGACGACACCCUCUCCUGUCACGUUGGCCAGAGAGACUUUGGGAGCCGCCCACAGCUCCCCUGCAGUCACGGCAGGGAGGACACCCGGGACCGACGGGGGCACCUCGGCAGCUACUGUGGGUCCCGCCAACCUCACGGACUCCAGGGUGCCCACGCCGACGUCCACACAGCCAACCCCGGCGUCCACGGCCGCUCUCAGCACACCCCCCACCCAGGCACCCAGCGAUGGUACGUUGCCAACAGCAGCACCUAAGACGACGCUGGCCACCAGCACGCAGACUGCUGCCGCCACCACAGCAAAUGCCAGCAGCGCCCGGGGCUCACAGGGCCCCGCCGAGCACACCCCCCGCCACUCCACAGCCCGCCCCACGCUCCCCACGAGUCCCCACGCACUUAACACAUUCACACAAGGUCCCACCACCCAGCCGUCGACCGCCCGACCCGUGGCAGACACGGCAAGUAGGCCCACCCCGCCCCUCGAGAACACAACCCCAGAGCCCACCCCCUCCGUGGCUGCCGUGUCCACCACGGCGGCGACAGCUGAGGGGCCAGCGGCCAGCACAGUGCUAGCUCCUGUGCCACAGGCCAGCCCCACACCUGGGGUGGAGGCCACGUCCCCCACAACACCGCCAAGCCCUGUGUCAUCUCCACGGGGGGCCACGGGGCCUGCCACGCCCUCCACACCCGAGCAGGUGUGGCCUGAGGCCACAGGUGGCCCUGCUUCUACCGGCCCAACCCCCGGGAGCUCAGGGGACCCUCAGGUGCCAACCACGGACUCGUGCCAGCUCAGCACCCAGGGCCAGUACCUGGCGGUCACCACCAGGGCCCUGCCCCUGUCCCCGGUGAACAGAGGGGCACUGCUGGCCAUGCUCCUGCUUGGGGUGGCCUUUCUCUUCGCGGUCUUGGUCCUGUUUGCGCUGCAGGCCUACGAGAACUACAAGAAGAAGGACUACACGCAGGUGGACUACUUGAUUAACGGGAUGUACGCGGACUCAGAAAUGUGAGGGGGUGGAGGCCGGCCUUCGGCUCCAGCUGGACCCUGCGGGGGCUGGGCCCUGCCCUCCUUCCAUGUUCCCCCGAGACCAGACCAAGUGCUUCCAAAUCCUUUGGUGCAAUUCAGGAGCUCUGCCAGAUGUUUAAACACAUUUAAUUACGGUCGGAUUAAUUCCACGGUCACUAAAAUGUUGCUUUUUUCAUAUUUAUUUUUGUAAACGAUCAUGUCGAUGGAGCGGGCAGUGAUUGGGGUGGGUGGGCCCUGUUGUGUCAGACCCUGGCAGGAAUUAAAGCAACGGCCGCUUUCCAUUCA